AUGGACGCCUCGCAAGGAAUAAUCGCCGCGAGGCAUAUCCAGAACUUCUCUGAUGCCGACGGCUCAGUGCUCGAGCCUCAUUGGGGCUACGCAGAUCGGAUCCUGCCCUGCAAGAACGACGCCGGCUCAUGCGCAUACCUCGACCUCGUCUAUCACUCACACGACCUUUCCAUGCUAUACUCUGGCAUCUUCUGGGCCGCGAUCGCCGGGAUAUUAUUACUAUGGGGCCUUGGGCGACGAAUCUUCCCAUCACCGACAGCAGAUGAGGCCACCACCUCCGGCGCAAAGGCAGAAUCACAGGGCACGCAGACCAUCGGCGGCAUUGAGAAGUUGAAGCGAUCUGUCUCGAGUUUCCGCCGGACCUACCUCCUCCCCGACUUCGCGCCACGCAUCCUCGGCCAUGUCACGCGCCUGCAGGUGCUGGUCCUGUUCAUUCUCGCGGGCUACCUGACCAUCUUCUCCUUUGUGGGCAUGGCCUACCAGACCUGGAUCACGCCCGUCAAGACCUCGCCGGGCCUCAACAACACACGAACCUCCCUGGGCCCCUUUGCCGACCGCAUCGGCGUGCUGGCCUACGCGCUGACGCCCCUCUCGGUCCUGCUGGCCAGCCGCGAGUCGCUCCUCAGCGUCAUCACCGGCAUCCCCUACCAGAGCUUCAUGUUCCUGCACCGAUGGGUCGGCUACAUCAUCCUGAUCCAAUCCACCGUGCACACCAUCGCCUGGAUCAUCGUCGAGGCGGCCCUGUACCAGCCCCAGCCGGCCGAGUGGAACAGGGUCGCUGGGGAGUUGUACAUCCAGUGGGGUUUCGUCGCGCUGGGGCUGCUCGUCCUGCUGUGGAUCUUUGCCACGCCCUGGGGCAUCCGCCUGACAGGCUACGAAUUCUUCCGAAAGGCACACUAUGUCCUGGCCAUGGUGUACAUUGGCGCCAUCAUCGGCCACUGGAUGAACCUGCAGUGCUUCCUUAUCCCGGGCAUCCUGCUCUGGUUCUUCGACCGUGUCGGCAGGGCGGUCCGCACUGGGCUGCUGCACUACCGCUGGGUGCCCGCGAAGAACAAAUGGGGCUUCGAGUCUGCCAAGGCGAGGAUCACGCGGUUUGAGGAUAGCGACAGCGGCGACGUGGUCCGGCUGGAUUUCGAUCAUGUCCAGCAGCCAUGGCAGGUCGGCCAGCAUUUCUACCUGUGCUUUACUGAGUCCUCAGUCUGGCAGUCCCACCCGAUGACGCCGCUCAGCCUGCCCCUGGCAGACGACACGGGGGCAGUGAGGCACUCGUACGUGAUCCGCGCCAAGAAGGGCGAGACGAAGAAGCUCGCCGACAUUGCAGCCAAGAAACUCGCAGCGCUUCCCACAGGGCCACCAGCAGAAGGAGCAGAGCCGACCACAUCCGUGGUACUAGCAGGCCCUUACGGCGUGGACAUGAUUUCGAGCGUGACACCAGAGACCAACGUCCUCUGCGUGGCGGGCGGCACAGGCAUCACCUUCGUGCUACCCGUCCUGCUGAAGCUCGUGCGCGAGAAGCCGGCCGCCGGCCGCAAGAUCGAGCUCGUGUGGGCGGUCAGGCGCGACGUCGACGCCAAGUGGGUGGCCGAGGAGCUCGAGUACGUCAAGGAGGCCGGCUGCUCGCACAGCCUGGACAUCAACGUCUACGUGACGCGCGAGAAGGAGCACCACCCCUCGGUGCGCCGGGGCGCGGGAGUCGGAGGCAAGAAGGCCGACGAGCCGCAGGAGAAGGUCUCGUCCUCUGCGUCGUCUGCGACGGGGGGAUGUGACUGUAACGACGUGACGCACCACCACCCCGACAACACUGAGAUACCCGAGGCGAGGAGGCCUCACCUGGACGAGAUUGUGCGGGGGUUUGUCGGGUCUGUGGCCCGCGGGUCGACGACUGUCUACGCGAGCGGGCCUGGCGGCAUGAUUGGGGACCUGAGGAAGGUGGUCGCGAGCUGUAAUGCAUCGGGGACCGUGUGGAAGGGCGAUGCGAGGGGGGAUGUGAGGCUGAUCUGUGAUGAUCGGUUAGAGUAG